CUUCCAGAGAAAAGCGCACGCGCUCCAAACGCGCCUCAGACGGAGCGCUGGGAGCGGCUGCAGCUGGACCGACUCCUGCCUGCAUGGAUGAAGGAGCUGCGCGGAGAUAAGGCUGUGUGAAGAUGAACGAACGGCUGUUGGCAGCAACCAUGAGCGCCUCGGCCAGCAACAACACCGAGGCAAACAUGGAGGCAGCGUCUUGUUCCCACAUCGAUGACACGUUCAAAUACAACGCCUAUAUCUUCACCUACGUGCUGGUGUUCCCCGUGGCGUUCCUCUGCAACGUCUUGGCGCUGUUGGUGUUCUUCAAACAGAAAAAGCGCAGAGGUAAGCCCGCCUACAUCAUCAUGGUGAACCUGGCCUUCUCAGACGGAAGCUUCUCCCUCACCCUCCCUCUGCGCCUGGCGUAUUACAUGAACAAGGGAAAGUGGUUCUUUCCUGAUUGGAUCUGCAGACUCUGUGUCUUUGGUUUCUAUGUUAAUCUGUACUCUAGCAUCCUGUUGCUCACACUUCUCAGCCUCCUCCGUUGGUUUUCCAUUGUGCAUCCACUGCGUCAUCGCUUUAUGGCCAAUUCAAGGCCAACCUUGAUAACCUGUCUUGGAAUAUGGGUGUUUGUGGGCACAUCCUCUCUGCCUUUCCUCAGCAAUGGCGUUACUUACAGAGAUGGAAUACCUCGUUGCUUUGAGCCUUCAAAUCCUAAGUCCUGGUCCAAAAUUCUCAGCCUGAACUACGUGGGUCUGGUUUUUGGAUUUCUGAUACCGUUCUUCACCAUCAUCUUCUGCUGCAGUAAGAUCAUCCACUGUCUAACAUCCUCAUCGAUCUCUAUGGAUCCAAAAGCUCGCCAUAAAAUUAUCAAGAAAAACAAGCGCUCGGUGCGCCUGUUAAUCAUGGUGAUAGCAACCUUCCUGCUCUGCUUCCUCCCUUACCAUCUGAUCCGAACUCUCCACCUGCAUGCCGUGAACGGCAACUGGAACUGCCAAGUCACCACAAUUCUCCAGAGAGCCGUGGCCGUGACGCUGUGCUUGGCAGCAUCCAACAGCGUGGUCAAUCCGAUGCUGUAUUACUACUCCACCAAGAACUUCAAAGAGGAUGUGGGAAACACGCGCUCCCUUUUAAGUAAAAGGUUCUCUUCCAUCCGUGGUUCCCAAAGAUCCAACGGAAAAGGGUCUGUGAGACGUCAAUCCUUGCCGAUGAAACCGUCUAAUUCUACCAAAGAGGCGGACUGUGGCUGUGCAGCCGAGUCGGUCAAAAUGAAUAUUCCUUGUUGCAGACCGGCUGACUCACCUGUCUGACAGACUUUUGAUUUACUAUCUUUGACUGAAAAUGUUCUUGGGAAGAAGUGCUGAAACUAGAAACUGCUUUUGGAGAGUGAGGUUUAUACUGGGAAGGAUGGGAAGUGAGUUCAGAAAAUCCUCCUGUCACUUUCUGGCUUUUUUGCUAAUAUCCAGUUUGAUAAAGGUAACUAUGCCAAGUAAAACUGGGUUCCGAUAAUCCUGGCUUUUAUCCCAGCAUUUUUUAUUGUCAUUACAAGUAAUGAGAAACAAAAGGAUCUCUAUACAUUAAAGCCAUCGUUGUGCCCUAACCACUAGGCCACCACUCCCCAAAUCAGGCAUUAUUGUGGAGAGUCUUGUCUCAGGACCCACACUGGAAACUCAUUCCCCCCAGCUGGGAUACAGGUGACUUACUACUUGAGCAGCCAGCCGCUAAGAUAUUGCUGGGAUCAGUUUAGAUUUUACUGGAAGGUGGAAGAAGUUCUGCUUCCUUCUCUGGGAGACAUAUGAGAUGUUUUUCCUCAUAGCUGGUUUUGCAACGGUUGGUGUUCAGUCAUGUUUCUACAGUAGAAAUUCUUCUCCAGUGUGUCUUCUAGUUCUGUAGGUAACAGUGCCCUCUUCAGGAUUUUCACUGAACAGCAACCCCCAGACAGGAUUAAAGCAGCACUUCAUGCCUCUAACACAGACUUAUAAGAAAAUAUUCCCCAGCUGUGGAUUCCUCCAUAUAAAUAUUUGUGUCAAUUUUUGUAAUACUUUUUGUAAACAUGAAGCCCUCUGAGAAAAGCACUGAAACACUUUUGGGGUCAGAUCUGAACAUUGGAUCCAUGUUCUGUUGAUCCUCUCUAUUUAUCCGUAUUUAAAAAAAAGAAAGAAAAGUUUUUGAUGCAAUUUAGUCGCCUAAACAGGAAACAUAAAUAUGAAGGUCCCUCUAGAAGUGUUUUAUUCUCUGUGCUCUAAUUUCACCGCUGGAUGUUUAUGUGCCUUUUCUUACAUAAAUCAUUAACGUCCACAAACACUGUCACUGUCUCUGUUUAUAGUCGGCCAUUAAACAGCUCCUUCUUAAGAAACAUCGUUAUAAAUUUGAUGUGACUCAGAAGAUGCAGGAAUUUAUUAUCGUCAUAGUUCCUCAGUUUACUUGAAUCCGAUGUAGUUUGGCUCCAUUGUUUAAAUACAACAUCUUCCUGCUAAUUCACAGGUCCAUUGGCUCACCGUCCUUAGCCAGAUAAUUAUAUCUACUUUAUAAAAGGAAAGGUGUUUUCCUCUUUAUGGUGGACAAUAAAUCAAACCAGUUAAAAUGAAGUUUCGUUUUUUUGUUGUUAAAAUGUUGAGAAGAAAACUUUAAUCUAAAUGAGGAGUUUGCAACCUUUUCCCCAGGAGAAGCCCCUCCCUGAGGUCAGAUGUUCUGGGCUUCCAUCCACAGGUUUAACUGGUGUUUAAACUCCUGACAGAACUGGUUAAACUGGGUUUCCAAGCCGUUUUGGUAAAACACCUUUUCUGCUCCACCCACACAUCUUCACUGUAAUGAUCACGCCAAAAUGGCAGCCCCAAUGCGAUGCUAGUUUUGAGCAAACUUUUAAAAAGAAAAAAAGCUAAUUAGACGUAUUUCCAUGUACUUGAGGGAAUUAACAAGGCCAUGAAGAGUGUAACGUCAUUUGAUGAUGUCAUGUUUAGCUGCAACAAACAGGAAGUAACGUUAGCAAGUUGGCGCAGACCACAGAUCAGCAAUAUACCGAGUCUUUGAUGAGUGUGUUGGAGUCGUGGAAAGUUUUUUACGUGAUUAGUGAUACUUCUGCAUUCAGGAUUACAGUAAGAAGUGGUUUAUGUGUUAGAAUGUUAGAAUAUAUGUUAGAAUUGAUUCCAAAAACACGUUUACAUCUCCUCUUCAGCGCAUUUACGCUUUUUACAAAGAAGUUUUUAAAAAAAAACAC